AUGAUACCACACUCCAAAGACAACUACUUUGCGACGGAUGAAUUGGAUCAAUUAAUAGGAGCGCCCGAGUUUCUUACUCUUGAAGAGGAGCUGUUGGAUUACAAAUAUUUUUCUAGCAACAUGAAGCCGAUAAAAAAAGAAGAGGCCACCGGGAAAAAGAAAUCUGUCAACGACGUUCUCGGCCUUUCAAAAUUUUCAUCCCUCAAUUUAUCUAUUAAUUCCCGAUUUUUAUUAGAUUCGCUAAAAAGUGAUCACACACCCGAAAAUAUCACGGCCAAGCUCGAGGAUGAACAGCAGGAAUUGCAAAAAUUGCAAUUCCACGACGCAAUUCCAUUGACAGGAACAUUGGAGGAAGAAGUAUCAAAGGCAUCAAUGACCGAGGUCGAUUUUCGGCUUUAUCCCUUUAUACAAGUUUCCAAGUUGAAAAGGAAAGACUUCAAGUCUGCCCUGAGCUCUUACGAUCGUAUUGGCCAGGAUGAACUGUACCCCCGUCUUGAAACGACCCUUAAUAUUUUGAAGAGCUUUACACCGGCUGCGACGCCAUUUUUAUCCAGAGUCAACAAAAGAGAUGUGCCCAAUUAUUACAAUGUCGUAACGAAUCCUAUGGACUUGGGUACGAUGGCCAAAAAGCUAAAAAAUCUCACCUAUUGGUCGAAGGCCGAGUUUUUCGACGAUAUCAUGCUGAUAUAUAGCAAUUGCUAUCUUUUUAACCAAGGCGAAGUAUGUGAUUGUAGCUUAUUAUCUUUAGAAUAA